GAUCGAGCAAGUUCCACCCAGCUCGAGUCCUGGUUCUGGUGGGUGCCAGAAGAAUCUUUCAGCAGCAGCAGCAGCAGACCACAACCACCAGACUAAAGACUGACAACGCGCCUGUGCUUUUGAGUAACAAGAACUUAACCGAUAACUGUAGAUUAACUUCUGUAGAUUAACAUCCUAGUCUAUAUCCUCUCGAUCAAAAGUACCUCAAAAACUAUAUAUCAUCAUGACUUCCGUCGUUGGUCUCGAUGUCGGAAACAUGGCCAGCAAGAUUGGGCUGGCCCGUAAACGUGGAAUUGAUAUCAUUGCCAACGAAGUUAGCAAUCGUGCCACCCCCUCUCUGGUCGCUUUUGGACCCCGUAAUCGGAGUAUCGGAGAGUCCGCCAAGACUCAGGAAACUUCCAACUUCCGUAACACCGUUGGCUCCUUGAAACGAUUGAUUGGUAGAUCUGUGACUGACCCAGAUGUGGCCGAAAUCGAAUCCAAGUUCUUGAAUGCCGAACUAGUGGACGCUCAGGGAACCGUUGGUGUCAAGGUUAACUAUCUCGGCGAGGAGCAAGUAUUGUCGGCUACUCAGCUGUAUGCCGCUCUCUUGGGCCGUUUGAGAGACACUGCCCAAGCUGAGCUCAAAGCCAAUGUGAAUGAUGUCGUGAUUGCCGUGCCGGGCUGGUACACCGAUGCUCAGCGGAGAGCUGUCCUAGAUGCCGCUGAAAUCGCCAACCUCCACCCCCUACGAUUGAUCAAUGAGCUUACGGCUACCGCACUGGGAUACGGUAUCACCAAGACCGACCUCCCCUCCCCUGAAGAGAAACCUCGCUACGUUGCCUUUGUCGACAUCGGUCACUCUCAGUAUCAAGUUGCGAUCGUCGCCUUUAGCAAAGGAGCCCUCCAUGUGAAAGGCUUUGCCUACGAUCAUCACUUCGGAGGUCGUGAUCUCGACUAUGCUCUUCUUAAACAUUUUGCCGGCGAAUUCAAGGAAAAAUACAAAAUCGACGUCUUGUCAAACAAAAAGGCCAUUUUCCGUCUCGCUGCUGCCGUCGAAAAGUUGAAGAAGGUCCUCUCUGCCAACGCUCAAGCACCCCUCAAUGUAGAAUCCCUCAUGAACGACAUCGAUGCUAGUUCCUCAUACACACGUGAAGCCUUCGAGGAGCUAAUCUCCCCUCUUCUAGAGCGUACCAUCGCUCCCUUGGAACGUGCACUAGCCCAAGCCGAUAUCAGUAAAGACGACAUUGAAACCGUCGAAUUGAUCGGUGGUUCAACCCGUGUCCCAGCUUUGAAAUCUCGUGUCCAGGAGUUCUUUGGCAAGCCAUUGAGCUUCACCUGCAACCAGGACGAAGCCGUAGCUCGUGGAGCCACACUGGCAUGUGCUGGCCUCUCCCCCAUCUUCAAAGUGCGGGAGUUUGCGGUGAAUGAUAUUGCCAAUUUCGCCAUCAGCACCGCUUGGCAGCCGACCCCUGAUGACCCCAACACUAGCCUCGAGACCUUCAUUCCCGAAAGCCACGUUCCUUCUGGCAAGCAAUUAACCUUUUACCGCUCAGAGCCAUUCGAGUUGGAAGUUCGCUACUCAGAGCCUCAAAAACUCCCUGGAUCGAUCAACCCAUUCAUCGCCCGCUAUGUUGUGAGAAACGUAGCGCCCGAUGCCAAGGGCCAACCGGCGUCCGUCAAAAUCAAAGCAAAGCUGAACAUAAGUGGGCUGGUGUCGCUUGAGGGUGCGGUCGCAUUGGAAGAAGUACAGGCAGAGGCUCCACCCGCAGAGGGUGGUGAAGAAGCUAAGCCUGCCAAAAAGACCAUCAAGAAGGAACUUUCGGCCUCCUUCAUGACUUCUUCGCUAGAACGACCAGCUCUCGACGACCUCCUAGCUAAGGAGGGCGACAUGCACGCUGGCGACAAACUUGUUUCUGAGACCGAGGAUCGAAAGAAUGCAUUAGAGGAAUAUGUCUAUGAUACCCGAGAAAAACUUGAGGGAGCAUACGCGCCUUUUGUGACUGCCGAAGUCAAGGAGCAAUUGCUCAAUGCACUUCAACAAGCGGAGGAUUGGCUCUAUUCCGAGGAAGGAGAAGAUGCCAGCAAGUCGCAAUAUGUCGCUCGAUUGGAUGAGCUUACUGCGAUCGGCAACCCUAUCAAAUUCCGUCAGCGUGAAGCAGAGGAGCGCCCACGAGCCGAACGCCAACUGAGAGAGAUGAUCUCCGAAUAUAUGCAGAAGGCUCAGUGUGGCGAUCCGAUGUACGCUCAUAUCAGCGAGAAGGACAUCCAAACGGCCAUCGAAAAGUGCGCCGCUGCAGACAAGUGGAUCGGUGACGUAUCUGCAAAGCAAGCUGAGCUCUCCAAGACACAGGAGCCAGCGAUGUCCUCGAGUGAAAUCCUUAAAAGAAAGGAUAACUUGAUGUUUGAAUGCAACUCGAUCUUCAACAAACCCCCGCCCAAGACGACCGCCAAUCCUGAUGCCAACAAGAAUGCCAACCAGAACCAACAGAACGAGAACGCUCAACCCGCCAAUGAGCAGCCUCAAACCGAGCCAGCAGGUGGUGAAGAGACUGAAGGAGAGAAACCGGCGCCAGGUGCCAUGGAUGUUGACUAAGCUUGUUGUUCUUUUUUCCAAAGCUGAACAAAAAAAACAGAAGUUGAAAACCUCAUUGCUUGUCUUUCAUCUACUAGAAAUGGUCGUGUUUUGAAUGACAUAUACUGUUUUGUUUCCUCGGAAUUAUGUUGGGCAGUUCUUUAUUCCUAACCAACGGCAUCCCAAUACUCUUCUUGUUCCUCUUGUUUCUUUUUGACUAUUCUUUGUUUGUCUCGUCCAUUCCUCCUCCUGCUCCUCUAGUGGACUAGGGUAAACAAACAAACAAACACAAAACACACAACUAGAUAUAAAUAGUAAUAGAAAAUGAAAAAUCGAUCAUCAAACCUGUCCAUUUUUUUAUCAAGAAGGAAGGGAAAAAACAACACAUGAGAAGGGAGUUCCCUUUUGCAAUAAGUUUUUGUGCACAUUCAUCA